AUGGUGGGACCCAGGAGACACAUCCUCCCACUCCUCCUCUUCUCUGUCUCCGUCCUCUUCUUCUUCUCCUACUACCACUCCUCUCUCCCCUUCUCCUCCCCAGACCCAAACCCAAACCCUACUUUCACUCUCCGUGCCCAAGACCCGAACUCUAACCCCAAUUUCACCUUCAUUGUCAAGGUCCUGACCUUCAACCGCCUCGAAUCUGUUGCUCGCUGCCUUCGUUCCCUCGCUGCUGCCGACUACCUCACUGACAAGGUCCAACUCCACAUCUACAUUGACCAUUUUGCACUUGGGGAUGCAUCUUCAAAUGUUGGUCAGAAGUUGCAGGAGUCACAUCGGAUUUUGGAGUUUGUAGAUGGGUUUGAGUGGAAAUAUGGGGACAAGCUAAUCCAUUACCGGACUGCCAAUGCGGGCCUGCAGGCCCAAUGGUUGGAGGCCUGGUGGCCCAGCUCGGACAACGAGUUUGCGUUUGUUGUGGAAGAUGACUUGGAGGUCUCACCACUUUAUUACAAGUUUCUAAGAAGCUUGAUUGUGAAUUACUAUUACAAUGCCUCCAACUAUCGUCCAUACAUCUACGGGGCUUCGCUGCAGCGACCAAGGUUUGUCCCAGGUAAACACGGGAACAAAAUACAGUUGGAUGAUAGAACACGACUCUUCUUGUACCAACUCGUUGGCACUUGGGGUCAGCUUCUCUUUCCUAAACCUUGGAAAGAGUUCAGGUUGUGGUAUGACAAUCACAAGGCAAAAGGCAUUAAACCAUUUCUUGAUGGCAUGGUGACAACAGGGUGGUACAAAAAGAUCGGAGAAAAGAUAUGGACACCUUGGUUCAUUAAAUUUAUCCAUACUCGUGGUUAUUUUAAUAUCUACACCAAUUUUUUACAUGAGAGAGCGCUUAGUGUCUCUCACAGGGAUGCUGGUGUUAACUAUGGGAAAACAGCUGGGCCUGAUUCCCAUAUACUGGAUGAAAGUUCUCUUGAUUUUGGUUUUUGGGAUAUGCAACCGUUGAGUGAUUUGAGGUGGUAUGAUUUUUGUUUCAGAGAAAUAUUUCCCGAAAGAGUUGUUGGGAGCCUUGAUGAACUUGGGUCUGUUCUUAAUUCUGUGCAGAAACAAGACACUGUUAUUAUUGUGAGUCUGUUUGGGGUUCCAGAGAUGGUAAUUAGGAACUUGCUCUGCCACUUUGAGAGUCUAAAUUUGUGGCACUAUGUACUUAUUGGCUCCGAAUCUGACUUCCUGUUUGAUCUGGCAAGAAGAGGACAUCCAGUAAUUGGUACAGACCAGUUUCUAAGGAGUGUAGGAGCUCACAAGUUGACGUCUUUCCAGGAUUCUAAUGUGGAAAUGAUCAAGGAAGUAUUAGUCAAGGCCUAUCUACUGAAAAAGUGUUUAGAAUCUAGGUACAAUAUUUGGGUGGUGGAUGGGAACGUGCUGCCUGUCAACAGUGACCUAUUUAUUGAAUCUCAUCCUUCGUAUGAUUUCUAUAUAGGGAAGAGCUCAGAGCUUUUCUUUGCCAGAAGAUCAUCCUCUGCACGAAGUAUCGGGGGCAAUGAUUUUAUAUCCAAAUUUGCAAUGAUGGUGAACUCUUUGCUAGCCAAAAGACACAGCCUAAGUUUUGGGUAUAUAAUGGCAAAGUUUUUGGAACAGAAGGGUGUGAGGGUUAAGAAUCUUGAUGAGACAAGCUUAGGUCGCAGGAUCGGUAACGGAAACGUUAAUCAAUCCUUAGGGGAUGGAAAACAGAUGGUAUUUUGGUCUAGUGAUAUGGCUUCAGAUUUACUUCAGAAGCGGCUUCAAGAAUUGGGUAUUUGGAUUGUAAAUGAUGACUUUUCUUGCAAGGCUGUUGUUUGUCACAAGUCAUAG